GUGUUUCCUUUCGAACGGCAAUUUCUCUGAUAGUUGAAGAACGCGAGUAAACGGGAUUUUCGAGAUAUUGUUUUUGUUGUGCGUGAGAGUGUCUGCUCCACAUAUCUUUUAAUGCUUCUUAGCGGUGAAAUGAUCAAGUGAUUUGCUUUUUCGAUAUACAUAGUUGCCAUAGUGCUCUCAAGUAGAUGCACAGUGAUGUAGUUAUACGCAGCGCAAUCGUUUGUUACACAUCUCUUAUCAAAGAAGUAGAGUCAGUUUUGGAAAUACAAGAGCUCCAAAGUUUGAUGGAAAAUGUAAUGUACCCACUAACUCGUAUAGCCACAUGGCUGAUUUGCACUACACCUCCAUGCCUCGAGAUCUGUCUAAUAAAUCAGUGUCUCCACUACACUUGUCCGAGUAUGGACCCAAUGAUUGUUCAGACAAAUCAUAUAGUCCAGACUCAAAUUCAUUUAGUGGACUUUUGUCGCCUGACAAUGUGAAUUCUAGUGAUAAAAAUUCAAAAGAGCGGAAAGAGCAUAGAGAACGUUGUAGAACAUAUAGGAAGUACUCAGAACUGACACAGCCCACUAUAUCUAAUUGUUAUGACAAUUAUGGAUCUGUGGUGUCCAAAUCAAAUUCGUUGCCUGGACGCGGCAAUGCCAAUUCACCCGUGCCAAACGCUACCGUGGCCACCGAGAUCCCGACUGAAGAUCUAGCAGGACAAUUGACAUUACUCGACGCCUGCGUCUUCAAGAGUAUACAACCAGAAGAGUUAUCUAGUUGUUCUUGGAACAAAAAGAAUAAACUGACGGUUGCUCCAAAUGUCGUUGCUUUUACAAGACGAUUCAAUCAUGUGAGUUUUUGGACUGUUCAAGAAAUCUUAAAUGCUCCAACUGCGAAGCAGCGAGCCGAGAUAUUGGCACAUUUUAUACGAGUUGCUAAGAAACUUUAUGAGUUGAAUAACUUACACUCAUUGUUUGCUAUUAUUUCUGCAAUGCAAAGUGCUUCUAUUUACAGACUAAAUAAAACAUGGGCAUGUCUAACGAAAAAAGAUAAAACGACUUUCGACAAACUUGCUGAAGUGUUCAGUGAUAAAAAUAAUUGGAUGAAUCUUAGAGAGCACAUGGAUAGCAUUAAACUGCCAUGCAUACCAUAUCUAGGAUUGUUUCUCACGGAUCUUGUAUAUAUCGACAUGGCACAUCCAGCAACAAUGAAUGGUGACAAUCAUCAGCGAAUCUUGAAGAUGAACGCUGUUUUGACCAAAGUAGCAAUGUUUCAAGCCAGCAAAUACCCUAGUAUAGUACCAUUAAUCGAUGUUCAAAGAUAUUUAAAUAACGUUCGAUACAUAGAAGAAUUACAAAAGUUUCUCGAAGACGACCACUUCAAGCUUUCGAUGAAACUCGAACCAAAUUCUCCAGUGCCGUCGUCAAGCAGCAGCAAAGAGUCUGUAGAAAACAUGGCAACAGGAGUAGCAGCUUUGUCAUUAUCGCCAGCGAGAGGCUGUGCCGGUUCUUUACGUUUGCAUGCAGCGUCGGCCGCCAAUAAGUUUGUUCCUGGACAUCGAAAGUGCCGCAGUCUUGGAACUAAAUUCCGUAGCACGAGUCUUCCACGCAACUUCCAUAAGCAAGGAGGCAAAUUUGGACCUAACUUAACAACUCCUGGUAUAUUUGGUAAGGCUAUUAUGCCUUUGGAAACAAAUCACGUAGCUAUACGUCACUUGUUGGACGACUCGGUGCUAGAAGAACCUCACUUGGCAACACAGAUCGUUGAACUCGAUCAGAACUCGCCAGGUUCGCCUGCUGAUGCUAUCAAUGAUGAUUGUAGUUUGCUUGCGAAAAAUAGUGCGCCAGUUUUACCAUGUGAAAUCGAUGGUUCGAUACAACCACGCUGUAUAAUGCAAGGAUCGUUGAGGCGAAAAGUGGUUUUAAGGGAUGGACGUAAAACGGCAGUUUCGACCUGGCAGAGAUACUGGGUUCAGCUUUGGGCAUCCUCGAUCGUCUAUUUCUCGCCUAAGUGCUUCAAAGGCAGGCAUGAACGAGGAGACUUUAAAAGAGAACCGUACAAAAUGGUUUCGGUGCUGGGAUGGAUUGUCGAGCCACUGGAUGAUACGUUUCACGGAGAUACUUUUUUACUUAUCGAUCCAAAGAAAGGAAACGUAUACAAAUUCCGCGCGACAUCAAGCGAAAUAGCAGAUCAAUGGAUGAAAGAACUGCGAGCAACAGUUCGCGGAAUUAACGAUCGCAAACCCAUCCCGGCGAACCUAAUGUCAUUUGAAUGAGAACAAGCUAAGAUACGACCUCGGCGUCGUCUCUUUUCUCUACGGCGAAAUUAAACUCAUAUCAUAACACACAAUCAUAGUCAUACGAAUUUUUUGAAGAAUAUUUUAAGGGUACAUUGCGUCUUCGAAACUUCAUUACUCUAACUUAAUAAGCAAUAAUUUGAUUCGAAAUUGGUGUUUAAUACUGUGACUAUUUUUAAGGACUUGAUGAGCCGUUGAAUAGCGCAUUUUUAACCCGUAUCGAUUUGUUCAGCUUUAAUAAUAAAAAACUAAUUGUCGUGUACUGUUCUGUGUAUCAAAUUUAUCUAAGCUUUGGUUUUUUUUUUUUUUUUUUUUUUAUAUUCAGUUCACGAAUAAAUUAAAAAAAUAAGUUCUGUUUGAUUUUUUUAUGUUCAUAUGUAAAACAAGGUAGAUUUUAAUUCUCUUUCAAUGUAGAUGUUAGGUGGACGUACAGAACAGAAAACUAAUGUAGUCACUUAAGACUGUUUAUAAAGUACAACAUCGAGCAUUUUUAAUGAGCAGUAAAUAGAAGUAACAUUAACAAUUUGGAUUGAAAAAUUGCUCUAAUAAUAAAUACGUUUUGAAAUAAAAGCUAAUAGCCAAAUAAUAAUGUUUGAUGUAUUCAAAGUAAAGCUUUUCAUUACUUUUCAUGUUGUAGUGCGAUUCGUCUAAACCGCGAAUGAUUCUAAAAGUAGACCAAAAUACAGUGUUGUGCGCAUGUCUUGUGAGCUCCGUCAAUUACUAGAGCGAAAGAAAACGUGCGUUUUUAUUUCUUGUCAAAGUGUAUCGUGGAAAACAAGCAACUUUGUACGUUCACUUUUUUUACAUUAAUCAUUUAGGUUUUUUUAUAGCAAGUACUAAUUUAUUUGUGAUUCUACAUUGAAAGAAUUUGUUUAUCAAAGUGCAAGCAGUCCUUUUGCAGUUAUUGCACUCUAAAUACUCUUUAGUUAGUAGGAAUUUCUUCUGCGAUAGUUGUACUGACAUAUACUUCUUAAGGUGCCACCAAAAUGAUGAAAACAAUACUUGCCAGGUACGAUAUGUGAACGGCCAACAUAAGUUUCUCGACGGACAUGUGCAAAGCUUAUUGUACGAUCGAUAAACUCUCAAGGUUACCGUUAACUGUCACUUACUAACACUUUGUAUAAUCUUCGUACUCAUUAUCGAGUCUCGAGCCUCGUUGAACUGAGUAUUUUUCUUUUCAAAAGAUUCAACAGACGCUUUAAGGGGAAGACGAUUGACAGUAAUACAUUAUUGAUAAAAAUAACAUAAAAAUAAUAAAGUGAUUUUUAUGGACUUUUUAUUGAUUCGUACGAAGGAAUCUCGUCAUAUUUCCUCUCGAUAUUAUUAAUAAGCCAUUAGAUCAAUAAUUUUAGAUUAGAUGAAAUCAAUAUACUUUCUCAUCUCGUUGAUGGCUAAUCUUUAUAAUUUCAUGAACGAUUUUUUAUAAAUGUCAAUAAUAAUAUCAGCGUUUAUAGCUUAUUUGUGUAACAGCUACUGUUUUAAAGUUUCAAAAGAUAAUAUCAUUUUUAAUUCUUAAAAAUAGUGGUGCAAUUUUUAGAAAUGAUUGAAGCAAUCUUCAGAUAUGAAAUAAUUUACUGCGACAUUCUAGAAACAAAGCUAGAUAUCUAAAUAUUUUCAUCGAAUGCCUAAUACAUACAAGUAUUAACAUUAUUUUAUCGAUACAGUCAAUAACGAUGAGAAGUAUGAUAAGUCGCAUAAACUUUAUAGCCUGAACUAACGUAAAUGAAUGAAUGUUCUUACAAUAUAACUAUAGAUUAAAUGUUCGCUAGAAUUAGUCGCAUUGGUUGUCAAAUCGGUCGUCACUUGCGAAGCACAUUUUCGCUUUGUAAACGCGUUCUUCUCGUUAUUUUUUCGAUAUGUGCAUGCGCCUACAUAUGUAUUUAUUUGAUUGAUGUAAUACCUGUAAACAAUUUGAUUUUGUAAUAGCGAGGAUAUUUAAUGUUUUCAACUAGAGUAGAUGAUGAAUACAAAAGUAAAAAAGAAAACAUAUGUAUGUUCAACAAACCCUUUGGUCGCUUAGUCGAAGAAAAGACUGAUUUGCCUGCUUCUCGAGCGUUAUUAAAACUAUUUUCAGCUCAAAACGAUGUGUAAUCUGCGCUUAUUUUUCUUCUCACUUGUAUCUUACAUCGAAAAAUAUUCACGUUUGUACCGAUUUGUAUCGUACAAGAGCGCAUAUUUUGUAUACUGCAUAAGUAAGAUGUAUGUGUAUCUAACAAAGGGCGACUUCGUCUGCUUUAUGGAUAAACCUGACUGAUUCUGUAAAAGCAAUUCCAACACGAUUAUUUUUUGUUUGUUUCUUUUUUCACAUGAUUUCGUCUAAUGUUAUUUUCGUCCAGUGAAUAUGUAUAUCUGAUUGAUGAACAAUCGUAGAAACAUGUAACGUGUAUUCCGCUUAAAUAUUUAAUUUGAGAUUAACCGUGCGCCUUGUGACUAACUAACACAAUCAUAUACAUGUUAUAUAAAGGGUAAAUAAGCUUCUUAAAAUCAAUGCAAAAACAUAAAAUUUCGAUUUUUGUCUAGUUAUGCCAUUUCCAAAGUUUCUCUCUGCGUAUAUUUGUAAGAGAAACUUUAAAACAUCGCACCGUACAUUAUAUUAUAUACAUAUACUAAUCAACAAUGAUUAUAGAUUGAUUGUCACAAUUUUCACGUACACGCAAUUAUUUAUUAAUUUUGUUGUUGUUGUUGUUUCAUUUACACAUAUAGCAGAAUAGAUUUAAAUUUAGGUAAGAUUGACGCUCGACCAAACAAAUUACAGUACAAUCCAUGAACUUGUACAUUUUUUGUUUUUAAGAAAUUUUUCUGUUCUUGUUUGAUUGUUUUGCUGAUGUGUUGCGCUUUGAUUUUAUCUUACAAAGAAUGAACCGAUGCCAUAUUAUAUUGUACAAUUACUUAUUCUUAUUUUUCGUGUAUUUUAGUAGAUACGUUCAACGAAAAAUUAUGGAAUACCCAGCGUUAUUUAUUAUAGAGAAAAUAAAUUGAUAGACUUUCUCAGUUGGUUACAUCUUGAAUUUCGCUGUGCGUUUUCAUAAUGAAUUCGUUUUUUUUGUUGUUACAUUGAUUAUAUUUUGUUAUGUAGCGAUAUAUAUCACUGCUCACAAAAGCACAUUUUGAAGAAAUAAAAUUAGUUUUAAAUAAAAU